CACUGUUAGUCAACUCAUAGAAAUAACAGUACGUGUUGAGAUAGCAGACAUAAUAGGGUCUUAAAUCUUGCUUGUUCACAAGAUGACUCGGCCUGGACCAAAAAAGGAAUUUUAUGCUGUUGCGGAUAGCCCAUAUUUGGAUAUACCGACUAUUUUUUCAUCUUGGGGUAGUGUACAUCCACUGGUUACUGGCUGCAGAAGUGUUCAUCAAGGAUUCCCAACUCUCGAAGAAGCCAAACAAUAUAUGCGGAAGAAAGGGAUUGAAAGUUUUAAGGAGUGUAUCCAAGAAGGAGCAGGAAACACGACUCCGAUUCGCGGGCAGGAAUGCUAUUUUGCGGUGGCAAAUGGAGUCCGGCCAGGAAUAUAUCGAAAUUACUUCGGAGAUGAUGGUGCAAAAAUUCCGGCUGAUAAGCACCCAGGGGCUUGUCAUAAAAGUUUUAGAACAAAAGCACAAGCAGAAGCUUUUAUUGAAGACUGGAAAUCUAUGUUUGCUGAGAUAUGCAAACAGAAGAUUAGGUCAGAACUAGAUCGCGGUGUAAGGCCUGUCGAUAUUGGGAUAGCUCAGAAGCCGAUCUUGACACUGUUGAAUAAACAAAGCGAUGUGGAGGAGGCUAUAAAUCGGUUAGAGCAACUUAACCUAGCUCAAUAAUAAUUUAGCCC